AUGGGCCCUGGCAGCGCCUGGGGGUGCUCCGAGGAGAGCACAACCCACCAGGGCGUGCCAGGAGGCCCACGCGCGCCCUGGUCGCGCCGCUUCCGGGGCUUCGCCGACUGCGUCGCCCGCACCGUGCGGGACGAGGGCGUGCUCUCGCUCUGGCGCGGCAACGGCACCGCCGUCAUCCGCUACUACCCCUCCGUCGCCCUCAACUUCUCCCUCAAGGAUCUGUACAGGAGCAUACUGAAAGACGCGGGAACCUCAGCAGACAAUAAGUUCGCAUCAAUUGCUCUCGCCAACUUCAUCGCUGGUGCCGCCGCCGGAUGCACGACUCUGGUCAUCAUUUACCCACUCGACAUAGCUCAUACCCGCCUUGCAGCCGACAUUGGCCAAACAGACGCCCGCCAGUUCAAGGGCAUCCGGCACUUCAUCCAAACCAUCUACAAGAAGAACGGCAUCCGCGGCAUCUACAGAGGGCUACCCGCAUCUCUCCACGGGAUGGUCGUGCACCGGGGCCUAUACUUUGGAGGCUUUGACACGGCAAAGGACACGCUGGUGCCGCUGGACUCCCUGCUGUGGCAGCGCUGGGUGGCGGCGCAGGCGGUCACCUCCACGGCGGGGCUCAUCUCGUACCCGCUGGACACGGUGCGGCGAAGGAUGAUGAUGCAGUCAGGGAUGGAGGUGCAGAUGUACAGCGGCACCCUCGACUGUUGGAGGAAGAUCUACAAGGCGGAGGGGGUCAAGUCGUUCUACCGGGGCGCGCUGUCGAACAUGUUCCGGAGCACCGGCGCGGCCGCCAUACUCGUGCUGUACGACGAGGUGAAGAAGUUCAUGAACGGGGGUAGGUUGUGA